CACUUCAAACAUGGCGGCCGCCAAGCAGGAAACUGUGGGAAAGAAAAGAGGUUGUAUUUUUUGUAAAAUUGCAGCCAAGGAGCAAGGAACUCCCAUAAUUUAUGAAGAUGAGAAGAUUUCAGUGUUUUCAGAUCAUCGCCCAGCUGCAAAGCACCAUUAUUUAGUGAUUCCCAAGGAACAUUAUGGUAAUCCUAAGACACUGACUGAAGAUCAUGUCCACUUGGUUGAACGUUUGCAAGAAGUUGGAAAGAGUGUGAUUGGCGAUUCUGAAGAAGCUGACCCUGAAGAUGUAUUGUAUGGCUAUCACUGGCCACCAUUUAACUCCAUACAGCAUCUCCAUCUUCAUGUUAUUGCACCCCGUACACAGAUGGGUUUCUUUGCUCGGCAAAUCUUCAAACCGAAUAGCUUUUGGUUUGUUUCUCACGAGUGGCUGUUGGAACAUUUGAAGAAAAGUCCAUCCACAUCUUCCUGAUAGAAUCUUGCAGAAGUAUGUCUCACUUGACUAGACAGGAGUCACCAGCAUGCCAUGUAACAUCCCCAGGGGACCCCUUACAAAAACAACACUUGUGUUCGUCAGAAAUUUUGAAAAGAACCCCUAAGAGGUGCCAAGACCCUGUUUUGGCAUGAUGAGCACCCUGUCCUUUUUGUAUGAGUUCUCCCCCCCCCCAGCAUCCUGGGGUAAUAUUUCUCCAGACAAACUGAGACUUGGAAAGAACAUACACUUGUACUGAGUGCAUGGCAGGGUGCUUAAUAUCAAAUAUGCUGAUCAUUUGAAAUGAAUUGCGGUAGUUUCACCCAAAAGCCAGUUCAUCUGACUGUUCAUAUGAACAUUAAUGUAGAAAAGAUGAUUGACUUUUUAGCGUAUGGGUUACAUAACAACCAGAGUUUGCUGACUUUCCACAACAUUAAUGACAGCAUUUUUAGGAUACAAAUGUAAGUUUUAGUUUGACCUUGUCUAACACUUCUGAAAACCCUUUAUUCUGUCAUACUUCGUCUGGUUUGUUUCCUGAUGGAGUUUGAUCCUGAUUGGCUCUUAUAUUUUAACAUGCUCCAAGCUUGUGGUCUGGCUGCAGUUUUAUUUACCAGUUCUAGGCUUCUCUCUUCGCUUCUUUACAAACCUGGCAGCCAUUAGCGCUGUACAGUGAAACCCUGCCUUAUGGUCACCUUGUUAUUACGGACACUAUUUUUGUGCCGGCGCAACACCCAAACAUGUUCUUAUAAGAAAACCUGUCAAUGCAGCCACCUUGUUAAUACGGCCAACAGCCACAUCCCACAUUCUGAAAUCCAAACCCAGAUAAUCCUUUGUAAUCUUACUCUGUUUAUACAGCCACUUAAACCAGUUACGUUCAUCUUUCCAUCGUUGAUAUUGUAUGUAAUGAUUGAAGAUUCAAUAUUUUAGAAAAUUAUAUCUGUGUUCCAGAUGUUUAUAAAAGAACAGUUGUUUAGAAGUGCAAUUCUGAUAUAUUUGUUUAAGGUUAGAUCAGUCAUGAAAUUUGACCCUAUCCUGUUAAUACGGUCAAAUUUUCAUGGCCCUUUGGUGACCGUAUUUAUGGAGUUCCACUAUAAUUACUUUUUACCGACUGCCAUAGCAGUAGGCGUGGCGGUGGCGGUGGAAGCAGCUGUAUCGGUAGCACUAGUGGUAGUCGUUGUGGUAGUAGUGAUGGUGGUGGUAGUAAUGUGACAGAACUGCACUACAUGCAGUUCAAAAAGAACUCCUUGCAGAGGUCUAAAAACGUUUGUGCCUUGUAUUCGAUUUUUGUUGCAUGAAAUCUGUACCAGAGCAAAAGCUGUAAAAAAAAGCUCUUUCAGGGGGGUCCUUCUUAACUACCGAUUGAUCAUGAAUUUGUUGCUAAGAAAGGUUUCCAACCGUUAUAUUUUGAAAACCAGACCAAAGGAUGAGCUGUUUGCACAGAUUAGUUCCAUUGAAGACUCCUGCAAGAUUUGCAAAUCACGGCCAUAUUUGACCAGCCCCAUGACCAGAAUAGAAAAACCCUAAAAGUUUAUAAAAGCCAUCUAAAUCCGAAAAUUUAACUCAGUGUCAAUAG